AUGGAAGGAAGUAAAUCUUUCAACAGAAUACAGGCUCCGACAUACGGGAAUUUGAUUACUGUCCUAAGCAUUGACGGCGGGGGUAUCAGGGGUCUCAUUCCCUCUAUACUUCUCAGUUUCUUGGAGUCAGAGCUUCAGGUAUGAAUAUCAUCCAGGAAAGAAGUGUAAUGCUCCCACGCGGCAAUGAAAACGUACACGUAGUUUUCCCCAAUGGCUUCUCAAAUCCUUAGGAUUUCCUAUUUCUUUAUGUUUCGUCUCUAUCUCCUUGCCGCUAAUGGAAAUUUUACUAUCCCUCCACCGACUUUUGAAAGAUGUUUUCGUACCCUUAUUGUUUCUUUGUGAAAGGGAUCGGUGGGUGACUUAUCAAAUAGAGACAACGAUGAUUUUAUUUUUAUUUCCAAGCUGUGCCAUGAAUGAUUGCAGAAGCUGGAUGGCGAAGAUUCGAGACUAGCAGACUACUUCGAUGUAAUUGCUGGGACGAGCACAGGCGGUCUGAUCACCUCAAUGUUAACUGCACCGGACAAAGAUAACCGGCCAUUAUUUGCUGCCAAGGACAUUAAAAACUUCUACCUGGAGCACACGCCCAGAAUUUUCCCCCAGUCAAGGUAGUAAUGUUUCAUUCUCCUAGACGAUAUGUGACCCCUAGGCCAAUUCGCACUCUUCGUCGUGAUGAUUUUCCUCUUCGAAUCUCAAUGCCACCGGAUUUUUCUCUGAUUUCAUUGAUCGGGAUUAACAACAGAUCUAUCGUUAGUAAAUUGUGUGCUGACAGUUCCCAAAUAAGGCUCACCCUGAUGGCCUUUUCACGUUAAUCAUAGUGGCAUAUGGGGUCGGAUUAUGAAGAUACUUCGAGCAAUCAUGGGACCGAAAUACAACGGGAAGUAUCUACACCAGGUCGUUAAAGAGAAGUUGGGCAGCACCAGGCUGCACCAGGCCAUCACUAACGUGGUUAUACCAACUUUCGACAUCAAGCAUCUCCAGCCCACCAUCUUCUCUACCUAUGAGGUUUUGCCUCUCUCUCUCUCUGUCUCUCUCCCUCUCAUCCCCCCUGUCUUUUCAGUGACAUGGGAUUUAUAAUGUUCUGGCCAUUCUCAUGGGUAGGUAAGUGAGAGUAAUUCUAAGCUUGUGCUCCUGUUCAACAGGUGAAGAGCAACCCGAGUCUGGAUGCUCUCUUCUCCGACAUCUGCAUAGCAACGUCCGCAGCUCCAACUUACCUCCCUGCGCACUACUUCCAAACGGAAGCUAAGCAAGGUGGAGUGAGAGAGUUCAACCUUGUCGACGGGGGUGUAGCGGCGAAUAACCCGGUAGUCGAAAUACUUCUCGAUCUUCUCAGAGUUCCAGAUGGAUUGUGCAUUCUUAAAUAUGCAUUCCCAUGGAUAAUCGUUGUUCCUUUCCCGUUUACACUCACAUUUAACGUCAGGCCCUGGUUGCAAUGGGGGAGGUGACUAAGGAAAUCUUUAGGGGGAACCCCGACUUCUUCCCUAUCAGACCCAUGGACUACGGUCGGUUUCUCGUCAUCUCACUGGGAACUGGGUCUUCCAAGUCGGCGGGAAAAUACAACGCGAAGAUGGCUAGACAGUGGGGAGUCCUCGGAUGGCUGCUCAGCGGCGGCUCUACGCCCCUGGUGGACGUGUUCAUGCAAUCCAGUGCCGAUAUGGUUGACAUCAACAUCACAGUAGCAUUUCAAGCCCUUCACUCGGGGGGUAACUACCUGAGAAUUGGGGUACUGGUUCAUCCCUCUAGCAGAACGUAAGCCUCCAAGUUUUUGCAGUGUUUUAACGAACGAAUGAUGAUGACUUUGUGUGAAUAACUAGGAGGAUACCUUAACGGGGGACGCUUCGUCCGUGGAUAUCGCAACCAAGGAAAAUCUGGAAAAUCUGGUGAACAUUGGAGAGAAACUACUGAAAAAACCACUCUCCAGGGUGAACCUUGAAACGGGUAUCUUUGAACCCAUCGCAAACGGGGGAGGCACCAACGAAGAAGCUCUUAGAAGGUGA